UCUGGUCCGCCCGGCCCAAUGCGUUCUUGUAAAACAAGUACGCCAUUGUCGAGGCUUUUGGUCGUUUCGCAUCUAUCAAAAGGGAGCAAAAUGAUUGCCGGGGCUCUGUUUCGCUGCAUCAUCUUGCUUGCGUAUUUGCUUCUUGGGAUCUGGCAUCGUGAGUUCCAUGGGCUCCGGGCCAGAGGGGCUUCGCGCCGACCGAGGGACCUGGGAUGUCUUUUCCGACACCUUGUCCAAUCCGGUCCGCAUUUUGUGCGCGUAUUUUUUUGUGAUCGUCGGGGCCCCUCGAGCGAGCGACGCUUGCAAGUAGUGGUAGCAGCUCCAGUGCAAGCGCAUCUUUGGCGGAGGUUUUGGGGUCGGCGACAGAGGUACCUACUACUUUAGCUACAUCAUUUAUUGGAUUGUCGUACGAGAGAUACGUACUGGUAACACGAUUUUUCUGCAACCUGUUUCAUCAUGUUGUGGCAACUGCUGUGGUGGUCCGAGACAUCGAUAGUUUUACGCCUGCUUACUACGUUUUCCCAUGAAGAUGUGGGUAAAAAGAACAAAGAUUAAUCAUAUGUCUUUCGUUCAGCCCGCGCCCCUUCCUGACUGGAAGUACGAGCAUCCAAAGCGACUGUAUCGAAGAAAAAAACUGUGUAAGUGUAACUUUCUUGCAGGAGCAGCAUCAUAGAUUUGUUUUGCAUGACAGAAAACUUGUCAUGCGUAGCUAGUACGCUAAAACACGUACUAAAAUAGCCUCUGAUGCAUAUGCGGCGUGACAAGGCGUGUAACUGUAUUGCAACAUCUGCAAGACAAAGUUACACUUACACAGUUUUUUUCUUGCAUAGCCUGACACCAACGACCAGUGCGACCAACAAACCGGGUUCCGCCAGCACGAUCCCACCCGGCUACGACGAAGCAGUGGAUGUGACCAGUCGCGACGAGUUCUCAAACGCACUACAACAUCAGAGCAGAAAACUCUACUCCCGCGGAGAUGAAGAAGAGAAAACAGCUUCGAAAACAUCAUCUUCGGCUUCUUCGAAAAGCAGAAGUAACACCAGAAAGGACAAACUUAAGACUUCCAAGACAGCGGCAGGAAGAACUUCUUCUACAAGUGGCGCUCCUGCUGCACCCGCAACGUCGAGCAGUCGUGUGUUGGAGUUGUACCACCGAGCUGCAAAAAGUUUCAGCCCAGACGGGGUGACGGGGGCGAAUUCUGAUUUGGUACAACGUCAGAGCAGUCAGAAUGCUAGGCGACAUGAGGAGGUGGAGGUGGAACCAGAGGACGCUUGGUCCGCGAGCAUGGCCGAAAAGUUCGAGCAUGUUCUGCACCGAAAAGAGGCUUUGCUGGAGGAAAUGUCCAAAUAAAGAAAAACGCGGAAAAACCGAAAAAUCGAGAUUGAAAAUGUCUGAGAAAAUUUAGUUUUAUGAUUCUUGGGAAAAUGCCAAAAGAGACAAGCUAUUCUACUUUUCAAAACAAGUAGGUCCUGACGAAUUCGUUUCAGUUUCAGUUUCAAGUAUAAACAAGUCAAAAACGAAAACGUACUUACGACUUGCUGCCAAAAUGUCCGACCAAUUGAAGGCAGUGGUUUGAUAUCUGGCCAAAUGUUAAAUGGUAAUGCUGCAACAUCUGCGAGCAGGACAGGCACAGGAUGCAAUACUUGAAAACAGCUACAACUACUAGAAUCCGCAUGAUAUAUAUGAUGAGUGAAGACAGUUGUCAGCAUUGGCGCCACUUGUACUUCUGAAACAAGCAACCAUUCCAGC